ACAACACAGCUCUGUGUUUGAGCUGCACCAUGCAGUCUGACCAUUCUAAUUUCAAGUCCAGCAGGCGCAAUUGAGGACCGACGACGCAAGGCGACAUAAGUGCAAUUGAGAAUGAUUCUAAACAAAUUCUGCCUCUGGGUCGCUUAACCUUUCGGAAACUUUGGAGGGACAUUUUUCUGAAAAGACCGCGGAACGCUUGCAGUGUCUGAUGCACGGUCUUUGGGGUAACCUAUUCUUGACCACUCGUCUAAUUAUAAUAUAACUGUCAUUUAUUUUACUGCAAGUCCUCUCUUUGAAAAAAACGCGACAGCUGCAAACUUUGCAUCCCUGCGAGUCCAGGUUUGGGAAUUGUCACACAUUUGCGAGAAUCGGCUUGGCUUAUUCACUCAGUCGAUCCUGGGACAUACGCGGUGUGGCUGGAUGUUGCAUGCGGGUCAAUGAGCGCGAGGACAAAGUGCCUCCGAAGUCCCCAACUCCCCGACCUCUCUUACCUGAUGCCGUGCAUGAUGAUUGUCCUUGGAAUACUUCUGAAUGUCCUCAGUCAUGGUAGUGUGCUGGCUGGCUCCAUAGACUGUCUGGAGGCGGAGCGGGGCUGUGUGCAGGAUGAGGGCUGUAUGGGGGUGUACAGGGUGCUAGAGUACUGUGCUGCUGAGGAGGCUGUGUCGCCCCUGGGCCCAGACGCCCGACGUGAGUGCCUGGAGGCCCAGAGCGCCCUGCAGCACUACCACCCCCUCCAGGCCUGCAAGUGUCAGCGCGGCUCCCGCCGGGAGGAGCUCUGCCUCAGGGUCUACUGGACCGUCAGAUUCGCUGUGUACGAUGAGAACGAGGUGUCUCCGUAUGAGGAUCUGGAGGUGGAGUUUGUGAGGCACAUAGAGAUGUCACGCAUGGCCUCCAUCAUGGCAGCUUCCUCUCUGCCUCUGGAUGGGCAGAACCAGUGUUUGAAGGCAGCCCAGGACUGUGGUCUGUACGAGAAGUGUGGUUCUCUGAGGUCGGAGUAUGUUGUGUCCUGCACCAAGCGGCCACCGGGCUCCGACGGCAGCUGUAACAGACAGAAGUGCCACCGAGCGCUGCGACGCUUCCUGGAGCGGGUGCCAGAGGAGUACAGCUUUGCCCUGCUCUUCUGCCCCUGCUCCGAUGCCCUCUGUGGGGAGCGCCGGCGGAAGACCAUCGUACCCUCGUGUUCCUAUGAGGAGAGAGACGGCAAGCCCAACUGCCUCAGCCUGCAGGGCUACUGUGCCAGGGACAAGCUGUGUAGAUCUCGGCUGGCUGAUUUCCAGCACAACUGCCAGCCCUCGUCCCAUUCUCCCUCUGGCUGCAUGAGAGAGAGUGGAGCCGUCUGCCUUAAGGCCUACGCCGGACUCAUAGGCACCAUCAUGACCCCCAACUACGUGAACAAUAUCAGUAUGGACGUGUCCCAGUGGUGCAGCUGUGAGGGAAGUGGGAACCAGUGGCAGGACUGUCUGCGCGUCCUGCACAUGUUUGACAGCAACGUCUGUCUGCGUAAUGCUAUCAUUUAUUUGGGUGGCUCUUCCCCUCGCCCUGUGGAGAGCACUACUCUGCCACCUCGUCGCCACGCAUCUGCCACGCCCUCCCCCCACAUCUUUCAGGACGAGAUCAAUGUCAACGUCAACGUUUUAUCAGAGCGCAACAGUGUGGAAGAUACUGAAGAGGAAGAAGAGGAGGAAAGUCAGGAAUUCAACGUUAUCCCUCAAUAUUCUGAGAAGGAGAAGUCUAGUGUGGGCUCCGGGGCCCGAGGGGGCCAUAGAGGAGCGUCAGGCCAAACAGUACUCAUGCUGCCUCUGCUGCUGCUGCUGCUGCCCGCUGCCAUGCUGGGCUGGGGGUGUCAGGGUUAACGAGCCCCCCCCCUACUACCUCCCUUACGCUCAGCUACGGUAUCACAUUCACUGGGUCACCUCCACCAUGGCAAUGAGAUAGAAUGGACUGAUGGGGAGACUUAAGGCUGAGGGAAGAACGACCACAAGGAGGAAAUGGACAUUUCUUCUGUUUUACAUUACUUGCUGUAUUUCUGUUUUCCUUUCUUACUUUCCAACGACUGGUCCUUUUCUGUAUUCUACAUCUUUCCUCUCCUGCUCUGUCUACUUGCGAUCUGUUUAAGUAGUCAUAGCUGCCCAUCUCUUUUGCUCCUCUCUCACGUAAGUAGACGUAGUUGAACAACCUGGGCCGAUAAAUAAGUCGAUGGCUGAAUUAAUAAGGUCUGUCUGGAUGAAUCGAUAUGGCUGUCUGUCCGGUGCCUGUCUCAAGAUUGGCUAUCCAGCUCCACUCUCCCUCUUCACGAGGAGCUCAUCGCCCAAGGCCAGUAACAGCACCUAUCUCCAAGAAAACAUGACCAGUGAUUGGUGGAACCAUGACGGUUCAUUCCUUUUUGAUUUUUGUGCCAUGCCUCACCUCGCCUUUUUCUUUCUCCUUCGUUAACUUCCUUUCUUUCAUCAUCCCUUGGAUACGAGGGUUGUAAAAAGGGCGAGCCACUCUGUGCUAUAAACCAGAGAGACCUCUGUUGCACUUCCUUCCUGUCUCUUACGUUGCUCUCCUUGUUUGCACCCUCUUCGCCGCCUCAGACUAGGUGCCACUGACCUCUCCAGUUUGUACACCACUUAUUCUCAGCCUUGUGGAGGAGAUCUGAGAAACCCACCACAGGCACAAGAAUUAUACCAAAUUUGAAUAAUGACAACAGCAGAGGAAACAACAUAAGCAAUAAAACAUGAAAUCAGAUGGCUCAGCGGGCAGGUGCUGGGGCCGUCUGGAUUUGAGCUCAGGGGAGAGAGGAACCAAUUUGCUGCUGUCUGUAGUUCACAAGUGCUUUCUAUCCCUAGGUGUUGUUAUAGUUUUGGAGAGACAAUAUCACACUUAGCUAUACCUUUCCUGCCCGUGUUGGAGUAGGAGGAGAUAGGGAGGGAGAGAUGGGGCACUAUAGAGCCCGCGGCAGCUCUGAUCAUUGAGCAUCACAUUGAGCAUCACAUUGAGCAUCACAUUGAGCCUCGAAACCUUUUGCUGAUGUUCAUGUUUUUUUCUCUCUCUCCAUUUGUUUCUUGCAUCGCUCAUUUUCUUGUGAACUUGCAAAAUGAACUCCCACCUGAGGGGAAGUAGGUAAAGGGCUGUGGGUGGUAGUUAAAGGGGGAAACUGCUCUGCUGUGGAAUUGUGUACGUGACUUGCAUUCAUCGACUUCUUUCCGUUCUAGAGGGAGAUGUUAGACCUGACUCGUGCUCUCACCGAUAAUACAUGAUGCUAAAUAAAGAGAUAAAUAUUUACAGGGCAUAUUUGUGCUGCAGCUCUUUACAUCAUCAGCCACCGGUGAGGGGAGUCGCUGGGACUUAAUUCUGAGUAUUAAUUAAGCGGGCACGGUGGCAUCCGUACAGUCUAACACCAUCUCCAAUCUGGACAGUGACGUUCAUGACGACUGCUGUUCUCUUUUUAAUAGGCACCUGUCAUCUCUCACUGCCUGGCAAGGGAUCCUUAUGCUAGUGAUCAUCAAAGUGAGUGACCGCACAAGAGAUGACGUGAGAGCGGCAAGCCUUGAUUUACACACUGAAACAGCCGAAAUAAAUAUGAGCGUAAGCCAUACAAGCGAACAGCAAGAGGGAACGAGCGUGCCAACUCUAAAUGUAUCACGUUGGUUUUGUUUGUACAGCUGUAUGCACAUAUAUUUCCCCCAUGGCCAAUUGGUUUUAAUAAUAUUCAAUGACGUUAGUGCUGACGUUUAGUGCUGACCCAUGAGGGCGCUUCUAGAGGUCUGUUCGGUUUCGAUUCGAUUAUUUUAAAAAUAAUCACGGUUUCCGAUUUCGGUUUCUAAUCUUCUUCUUUUUUUUACACAUUUAAUGCACCAUGCAUUAUGUGGGUUGAAUUCUGUAACACAGAAUAAAACAAUGAAUAAAGUCCCAUGGUGGUUAGUGACUGUCCAUUACUGCUCAUCACUUAUUAACCAUCAUUUAUUCACAUUACUUUGCUUUAAUACAAUAUUUUGUUUUAUUCAAUGGUUUUAUUAUUUCAUUCCGAGUCAUCAUCUCAUCUCUAUAGAGCUGCCGCCUAUGCUGUCUGACAAAAUCACAAUUUUAGUCAUUCUUCAAAGUAAAUAAGGCAAACUUAUGACUGCUGAAUACCAACUAUCAAUCACUUAAAUCAUGUAUUUUCAUGUAGAGAUGCCUCACAAAGCAACUGCUUUCUAUCCAUCUCGUACGUCCUCUCUUCUCUCCGUCUCCAUUAUCGAGGUCUCCGUGUGGAAUAUGGUUAUUGUAGUUAAUUGCCACAUUUUCUGCGCUAAACUGUAUAGAAUAUUAGCCUGUUGGAAACUACAACUCCCUACUACAUCACGCAGUUUGCGCUUGAUCUGAUUUAUUUCUACCGAAACUUAGCAACGUGCUCACAGAAAAAAAAAUGAACUAAAUUAAAUUCAAAUCAUUUUGGUUGAUCACUGAGAACUAAAAUAUGUAUUGUGAUCGAUUACCGGAGUUGCAGAGUUGAUAUAAUGUUUUUGUACUCAAAUAAAUCCACAGAGAAAGGGAGAGGUAAGAGGGAGCGAAUGAAAAAGGUGCGACAGUAGGGGAUUUGGGAAAGAUGGGGAGAGUGACAGACGUAGAUGCAGAGAGAGAGAGAGAGAGAGAGAGAGAGAGAGAGAGAGAGAGAGAGAGAGAGAGAGAGAGAGAGAGAAAGCAAGGGCUCUUAAAAGCUUUCAGUAGCAUUGCUGUUGUAGUCAGGCCUUCUCAGAUUUAUUUUCAUGCCUGUGGCUAAGAGGCGAGUGUCUGUUCCACUCUAUUACUCCUGUGCUUUAACGUCCUGAACUGUGUGCCUCCACCUCAGUUUGGCCUCACAGACCGACAACGCUACUCUCCCGUACAUGCAUUCCCAUCACUCUCUGCCACCGUGUGUAUUUUACAAUCAUCUGCGGCCCCUCACAGACAACAUGCCUCUACAUCUUCUACCCAUUCCUCUUUUCUUUUUCAUGUUGAAACAACAAACACUGUACCAUCAACUACUUGUACAAAGCUUUAUUUUAUGGUAGGCUUUAUGUAUGCUUUAAACAGAAAAUGUGUAUAUAUUUUUGUGUUUUCUUUUCUCCUGUUGUAAUUAUCAUUGAGAGUGAGCUGUGUCUGCUCCGUUGGAUCUUAUGUAUGCCUCUUGUAAGUGUAUUAUGUACAGGUUAUGGUCAAGCAUCUGUCAGUCUCUCUGUCUGUUUGUAACAGUGAAACACUGUUGUUCUGCGGUGUCCUGCUUGCGUUGACCUCGAUAUACAUGUUGAUGGUCAUUUUUAGUAUGGUAUAUGAUGAUCCUCAUGUUCCGCGUUAGAAUCACACUGCUCAUUUACCAAAGCCCCCCGUACAGUUGUGUCAAAUUGGAUUAGCUGUCUGAAUCACACCACUCCUGAGAGUUGUUGAAUGAACACUCUGUGGACAUGGUGUAAAGCCACUUCUUGAAAGUGAUCCUCAGUUGGCACGCUGGUUAACACGUUCAACUUGAGGAGUUGCCGGCCUCUCUGCCAGCCCACUAAACAGUCUUGGGCUCUGUCCAUUAGUAUCAAAAUGGUCGCCAUUUAGAAAAUGGAUGAGGCCAGUGAGAGACUUAGAAGCUAUCCAAGUAACAUAGUAAGCGCAUUGCACUGAACGUGCCUAUGUAGACUUCAGUUGGAGAAAGGAAUGAAGGACACGACAGUGGGCUGAGUUUAACAUGAAACAGCCACUGGAUUAGGGGCGAUAUCGAUCCUUGUUUUGACAAUGAGUUAUCUAGAACUUCAGAGUUCAGCAAUGCCAAAACGUCCCAGCCAUCGCCGUUGCUUUAAGCCACACAGUGCCCUCCUUAUCCCUACCUGUGUCACACCAUCCACCUUCAUGGCCAUGAGUUCCGCCGUGCCCUAUUCAUGCCUGAUGGUGUGAGUUUACAAUCAGGUGUGAGCACUGUGUGGUUCUCCAUCAAAUGUGAGACUUUACAAUGCUGUGUGAAAAAGACGACGUACAAUA